AUGCAGUUCUCUCUGUGUGUUUCAGUGCUGUUGAGUACACUGGUAUACUGUAGCCUCGGACAAGGUGGAGAUAUCUCUCCUCCAGCUUCUCUGAGCAUCAGUCCUGACAGAUCUCAGUUUUUUAAAUUUGAGUCUGUCUCUCUGAGCUGUGAGGUUCAGGGGAACUCAACUGGAUGGAGAGUGGUGAGGAACACAUUGAGAGGAAUCGUUUCAAAGUGUAAUACUGACUGGGGAAAACAACAAGGGUCUUCAUGCAACGUGUCACUAAUACCAUCGCACAGUGGAGUGUACUGGUGUGAGUCUGAGUCUGGAGAACACAGCAAUGCUGUCAACAUCACAGUACAUGAUGGAGCUGUGAUCCUGGAGAGCCCUGCCCUUCCUGUGACUGAGGGAGAUUCUGUGACUCUGCGCUGCAGAUAUCAGGUAACUCCCUCUAACCUCACAGCUGAUUUCUACAAAGAUGGAUCCCUCAUCAGAAAAGAGACUACACGAGAAAUGACCAUCCCUGCAGUAUCCGAGUCAGAUGAAGGUCUCUACAAGUGUACCAACUCUGAAGAAGAAUCACCAGAGAGCUGGAUGACAGUGACAGCUGCAGUUCCAUCUCCUGUAGUCCCAGUGUUGUCCAUGUCUCUACCCAGGCUGCUGUGUAGUUUACUGGUGGGGUCUCCCUACCUGCUGGUGACCAUCAUACUGCUGGUGAAAUGCUGCAGGAGCAGGGCUCAAGGUGAGAACCUGAGUUCAUACAGGAUCGCCUCAUAUCCUGUUGUGACUAGGGGGCAGUAUUUUCAUUUUUGGAAAAAUAACGUUCCCAUAGCAAACGGGAUAUUUCCCUACUCUCUAGCCCUGCUCUCUGGCCCAUACUCUCUGCUCUCCAGCCCCUACUCUGUUUCCCCUGCUCUCUAG